AUGAGUCGGAGUAUGGACUCUAAAAUUUUCAAUUUUGCUCGGUUUGCAGGCUUGGGCAACCAGUUCCUGAUUCAUCAAGGUCCUGCAGAUGUCCAGUCUACAUACAUCUACCUUGGAGGAGCGGUCGGCCUCAUGUUGUACCUCCGAUGUCACUAUCGUGAACCAUCUGUGCCAGGAUUCCUUGCACUACUGGUACUCUGCCAAAUUGUGCUAGCAGGCGCGCUUGUCAGAUUUGGUAGAGAUGGAGGGGCUUAUGGUGCUGUUCAGGCAAUUCUGGUCUACAACACUACUCUCAUGACAAGCACGUUAGCUGCUUUAACGUUCUAUCGACUGUUGUUGAAUCCUCUGAAGAGGUUUCAAGGACCACUCUGGGCUCGCUUGUCCAAAGCAGUAGCGGCAGGUACGAGUCGUCUCUCUGGUCCUUUAUUUUACCCUGCUACUUCACGGGCUGACGUUACCAAGUACGGCGAUGUGGUACGAGUCGCCCCGAACGAACUUUCUUACUGCAGUGUCGAAUCUAUCACGGAGAUUCAUGGGGCGCUCUCCUCCAAAAUAGCCAAAGGUCCGUGGUACGACGGCAUCCCGGAUAUCAAAGCCAAGAGUAUGGCCAGCGAGAGAGACCUCGCAGAACACAAGUUCCGGCGGAGAAUUUGGGAUAGGGGAUUCAGCCCAAAGGCUCUGGUCGGAUAUGAGCCUAGGAUCCUGCAACAUGUCAACAGCUUGUCAAAGCAACUUCGAGCUCGAACAGGUGCGGUGCUCAAUUUUAGCGACUGGUGUGACUUUUUCGCUUUCGAUGUUAUGGGCGAUCUCGGCUUUGGCGAAGACUUUCAUAUGCUGAUUGAGGCGAAACCUCACCCAUAUAUGGUCUUCAUGCACCAAGGCCUUCGAUUACUCUCGAUAUUUGCUCAUGUCCCGUGGAUCAAGCCGAUCUUGCCCUGGGUACCGGUUGACGCUCAAACCAAAAGAGACAGCAAAACGUUUGCUCAAAUCAGUGCAGAAAGGUUCCAGAAGAGGCGCGCUGAAGGGUCUGACCGGGAUGAUGUCUUUUCAUACCUGCUGGGAGGUGGUAUCGAGGGUGCAAAGAAGCUAACAGACCCCGAGCUCGAAGCUGAUGCCGGUGCUGUCAUUGUGGGAGGCUCUGAUACUACGUCUGUCUGUCUCACGUUUUUAUUCUACUUCCUUGCCAAGAAUCCCAAUGUGUUACGCCAGCUCCAACACGAGGUUGAUGAGCUCUGGGAUGGCAUAACAACUCAAACGGGCGCAUUAUGGGCACAAGCAAAAUAUCUGAAUGGUGUCAUCAACGAGUCACUCCGGCUAUACCCUCCUGGUCCUAACGGUAUGCAAAGGACUACGCCCAAGGGUGGCUGUUUCAUUUUGGGCGAAUAUCUUCCAGAGGGUACACAGUUGAGCGUCCAUGGCUGGUCUAUACACCGAGACGAAAGAUAUUUCUCCAAGCCUACAGAAUUCAUGCCUGAGAGGUGGAUCGACGAAAAGAGGCCUACAAAUUUUCACCAUGACUCCCGUGCAUUCAUUCCCUUCAGUAUUGGCCAGUACGGAUGCGUGGGAAAGGGACUUGCGCUCCUGGAAAUGCGGUUCUUCGUAGCCGAGCUGGUCAAAAGGUUCGAUGUUACCUUGGAUGGCUCACAUGACGAGGAAGCUUUCCAGAGAGCAGAUGUUCUCGACCUAUACUUCAUGGGAAGGCAACGCGCCGCCUUGGCCCUAAUUUCCCCAAGGGUCAUUGACGACAAAGUAUAG